AUGGCGGGAGAAAACAACCACGAAGCUCAACGAGGCGACGACCAUGAGGAAUCGAGUCCUCUCUUGCAAGAGAAUGACAACAAGAUCUGUUCGAAAGGAGACGCCAAGACGGCGUCGUUUGUGCCUCCUCACGCGGCGGAGGGAUACGGCUGGACGGCAGAUGGAUUGCCGGUGAGCCAUGGAAGCGUGAUCGGCGAGCCUAUCGGAAGAAACCAGUGGAAUUCCGGUCUCUUUGCUUGUCUCGGCCGAAACGACGAAUUCUGCAGCAGCGAUCUCGAAGUUUGUCUUCUUGGAAGUGUGGCUCCUUGUGUGUUGUAUGGAACUAAUGCAGAAAGGCUUGGGUCUGCUCCUGGAACGUUUUCGAACCAUUGCUUGACGUAUUUAGGAUUGUACUUUGUCGGUAAUUCUUUGUUUGGCUGGAACUGUCUUGCUCCAUGGUUCUCGUAUUCCAGCCGUUCUGCUAUUCGCCGGAAGUUUAACCUCGAGGGAAGCUUUGAGGCUAUGAACAGGUCGUGUGGUUGCUGCGGUAGCUGCGUAGAGGAUGAGAUGCAAAGGGAACAUAUGGAGACGACUUGUGACUUUGUGACACAUGUCCUUUGCCAUACAUGUGCCCUUUGCCAAGAAGGCCGUGAGCUCCGCAGGAAGGUUCCCCACCCGGGUUUCAAUGCUCAGUCCACCGUGGUCGUUAUCCCACCCGGUGAACAAACCAUGGGUCGUAAGUGA